CUCAUCAAUCAUGUUUUCCUUCCCCCAAAACUCCCAGGUGGUGAAGAUCAGCUUGGGUGGGAGGCUACGUUGACUGAGCUUCUGGCUGCAUCCUUAGGGGAAUUUCGAGAUCUUGUCUCAGGGGAUGACAGCACAUGCCUCAAUUUGGCGACCCACGCUAUCGAGCGCUUCAUUAUGUUGACAGACCCAAGCGGUCACAUACGCGAAGACGUACUCAAGGACAACUUCAGCCAAACCACAAUGAAAGAGAUGGUGAUCCCACUGCAUGUUAGAGCGCAGAAUGCAGGCAUAAUUAUCCGGAGCGAAGCCAAAACGAUCUACGUUGAAUCUUUUGAGCUUUCUGCUCUUAAUGUGGAUGUUAUGACGACCAAAGGUCGACUCCGGCGCUACUUUCCGGAGACGGCUGUGUCUAUUCCGCAAAACACUUUCGCUGUAGACGAUUUUCAGACAGCUCUCGCUGCAAUGAUCUCAAAAAUGAGCCACCAAGCUGUGGUGGAGUCGAAGCCAAGAGUUAGAAAGGCAAGACAAUCUCAUGCAGAAGACCGCGACACGACCAAUCCGUGCCUUGUGACCCAACUCCUUAGCGCUAUUUUGCGACCCCAUGGUGACCUCGCGCAGGUGUCCGGGCUUUGGAAGAAUACUCGCGACGAAGUCGUGUAUAGUGCGGGAAAUCGGCUACCGUGGCGGAGGUCUCCGACCUGGCUGCUUCUUCGAAUCGUUCUACAGCUGACACUGGCUCGGGCAUGCCAAGGCACUAUAGGCGAUGGGCUCUACAAGAGAUUCAUGGUCUUCUUCAUAUCCAUUAUCAUCAAGCAUGCCUUAUCUCGUGAGCUUGAUACCGAAACUAUCUUCAUCAUGAACGCUAAGCUGGCCCGCCGUAUCCGGAAGCUGGAUAUCGAAGAAACCGAGCCUUGGAUGGUGGUCGUUCAUGAAACUAUACGGCAAGCUACUUCGCGUCUUAAUGAACGGUGGACGACAGUCAUCGAGUCCCAGGAGCAAAAAUUGGACAUGUCGGUUAUCGUAUCACCAGAUAUAGAAAAGAAUCUAGAUAUCAGCCUGCCGAAGCUCGAUGUUUUCAUUGGCGAAGUCUCUUCGCGGACUCCUCUCUUAUCUGGCAGAUGUUUUAUCCCUACCUCUCAGAUCCUCCGAUUCCCGCCUGAUAAUCUUCCGUGUCCCAGGCAAAUUCCUACUACCGGUUGUUAUCAACUACUCAAUAUUGCCGCAUUUGAGCACUGGGUAGCUAAAAAUCUCGAAACUUGGAUCAGUACUCAUCUCAAUGACUCAGACACGUGCUCCCUGAUCAAGGGUACCUUGGAGGCAUACCACGCGGUGGCUAUUCAGUUGUAUGGAGAUAUGCCUGAAGGGUUGUCGGUGAUGAUACUCACAAUCCUUGAGCUUUGGGUUGCCUGCGAUAAGUCGGCUGUUGCAACUUAUCCUAUGUUGGCUGAGUACGAUCCUGAAGUAUCUAGCGAAGUUUGUGGAUCUUUACUGCUUCGAUUUCAUAAGGAUAUGAAAAGACUUUCAACUGUUGAGCAAUACAUUCUGCUGCGUGGCAGAAGCGCGUUCCGUAAGCAGAUAUUCACCAGUUUUGGCACGCAAUCAGCAUUCUCUGUCCGGUACUUUGGCUCUUCUCGUGCACAUCAGGAACGCAUGUCUGCUAUUGAGAAGCAAGCACUUGAAGAUCGGCAAAGAAAGUGCAAAGAACUCGAGCGGCUUAAAGAGAGAUACACAAAGUUGAUGGCGGAGUCUGUUUCCAAGCCACAUGACUAUAUUGACCAGGUGGACAAUUUUGGGGAUCAUAUAACCGAGCAUAGUCCAUUCUGUUCCAAGUGCUCUCUUAUAAGAAAGGCAGAUCGGCUGACUAUUGAUGUUCACGAAUGGCCCUUACCGAUGUGCCACUUGGAGGCGCAGUCUACAGUGUUCGAGAUGGAUGUACCUAUUGCCUUUAGUUCCUGGAGAGAUUUAACUAUCUUUUUGAGAGACAAUGUCUUGGCCUAUCAGAACAUGACAGAUAACAACCUUUUUUAUUGUGACUUGGAUUCUUACCGAGGACUAUUUUCUUCCUCUAGAACCUCUUUGCAACGAAUUGUCCUUGCGUCCAAGACUAAACCGCAUACGGCCACUCAUCGAUGUUCAAAGUCAAUCGCUGUCACCGAAGAAGCUGACGUUUUUUUACAAAACGGAUUACAAUGGAGUUAUUUUGACAAAUGUAAGAAUGGGUUCCUUGCAGAAGCAACGUUAAGUGAGCAAGUCUCUGAAAACUGCACUUUCUCUAUCACGCCUAUCCUUCGAAGCUUCCUGAGGCGACCUUGGGGAAAGCCGGACGGACCACAGCCAAACUGUGUGGUGGCCAAGCAGGCUGAUUGUCCUGAUAAUCUAUCUGUUGAUGAAUUCAAAGCCUUGUGCUUACUCCCUUUGGGCCACAAGAUCCAGUGGGAGAACCUUCUGAUUCAAUUAGCUAUGCCUUCAGUUGACUGGCGAAAGUUGGAAACCGUCAUCUUUGCCUGGCAGAUCUCUCAUCAAACCGGGCCUCCAUCUAACUCUGUACACAGAGCUUCCCAUAAGGUUCUUGAGGACGAUAAGUUUGUAUUCAAGUUUUGUACAUAUCUAGCACAGUCCUUUACUAGGCUCAAGGAGAACUGGGAAUCUUCAGGAGCGGUCGGGGCUUUUGUUAUCUUGGCAACCCGACUUUUAUCACUUGGGUCUCGCGAGAAUUCGCACCGAUACCUCAGCCUUCUCGGAGACUUUCGCCAAGCUUGUUCUAAAUGGUUAAUACCUCUGCGUCAUGGCAUGCUGACCACUAGAAGCGAUGAGGAGAGAUCAGAGUUCUGUCAGAGAACUCUUCAGACCGCUUUAAUAGGUAUUCAAACUUUCGAUGUGGAUGAUAUUUUCCUUUCGCAGCUACUUCAAAAACCUGGUCACGCUGCCGUUUUUAUUGAAUUCAGUAUUGCUAUCCGAGACACUGCACGCUGUGUCGAAGGGUCAGAACGAGCAAAAAGAACUGCCAUUGACCUUGUAUUUCUUGACGCUUUACUCCUGAGACAUCGGCGCCUCGUUCUCCGUGCACGGACAGACUUGAUCAACAAUAUCACAUUAGGAGGAAGCCUUUGUCUGAAUGACGCUAUCCAAAAGCACUGGCAAUCAUACAGACCAAGAGAUCAAUGGGCAGUUGAAAGAGACUGCUGGCUCAGCAUCAGCUCCUAUAGCCAAGACAACGAAUCGGCUCUUAUGGUUCACUUUAACGUUGUCACAGCUGAGCUGCUUGUCAACGGUCUCCCUCUAUCCCGACUUCCUCUGGAAUACGAAAAUCAUGAAACUUACCGUAUACUCCUUGGACAAAGCCCAAUUGAAGUCGUACCCAGCGCGGAGCCAGGGAUGAGAUUUUCAUCCAACCACAUUCUGCAUGAGCACCAACUCCAUUUCUUUCUGAAAAAGGAUCUUCUUGUUCGUGCCUCAAAGCAUGGACAUUUUUGGGAUUACGUUCCUCCACGAGUCUUCGGGUCGAGCUUGCCGAUGAAAUUUACCGAGGAUUAUGUCCACUGGUACGAUGUUAGGAAUGAUGUCGUCGAAUUCCGGCCCAAGGCUAGCCCUUGGUUAUCACCACAAUCCACUUGGCGACUAUCAAGGAUUGGAUCUGAAUGGCGCCUACAACUUGACAAUGUUCACUUACUCAAUCCCUCGAAGUCUGUUGCUGUUUGGUUGUUGAGAGUUUUUCAACCCCUCGAAAACAUAUCCGGCUUACAUUUUUGCUACAAUAAACAGACUCGUUUCCUCGAGAUUGAUAUUCCCCGCCUUCAGCUUCAAUUCGAUGUCUCACCGGGCUCCCACUCCAUCAAGUCACGCCAGUACAGAGACAUGUGUGUGGACACCAGACAAGGUAGUGACACACUCAUUGGAUUGAAAAAUAAGUUGUUCCUCCAUAAAAUUGGUGACCGUUGCACGCGGAUGAUUCUUAUCCCUCAUUGUAUACCCCGUUGGCAGCGAAUGAUAAUCUCGUCUUCUGUUCACCAUGUCGCUGUGACGCUAGGAUGCGAUGCCAAACGGGUUCAGCCAUACCAUUUCGAUAACCAUCUUGGCCGCUUGGUGGGAAAUGGGAGUUUACAAAGCAAGCUUUUCCUCGCAGAGCUGCACGCUCUGACUUCCAGUUGCCUGCCUGACCCCUUCACACGUAACACUGGUACUGAAGAGGCAUUAACGAUACUCCAGUCAGCUGGUGUGUGGUCAUUCGAUCGCUUUUCCGAGGAGAAUCUUGAUCUCCUUUGCCGACUUGCAAACCUCGCUCCCGGCCGAACUUACUAUCCCCCACAUCUUAAAGUUAUGCAAGUGGUCGACUGGGAUCCGAAGUUGAGCUAUUUAUCUCAGCAUGGCUACUUUUUCAACGAAGUAAGCAAACUUUUUAGACAAGCUAAACAGACUGCGUUUCUCUUUUUGGACUCCAUUGUACCUCCGGACUUGAAUAAGGCCGAUAGUCAUCUUCUGGGACGUGACAACAUCAGGUCGUCGACCUUUCGACUUGCGGGCUUCGGCGCUGAAUCUUUCACGACAGAAUUUGACAAGCAAUAUGUAGGAUCAAGAGAUGGCAAUCAAGACUCUCUGCGCGCUAUGCGUGCAUCAGUGGUUGCUGCGAGCUUCAUCAGCUCUAAAAUGGAUCUCCCUUUCACGCUGCCCAAGGAUAGCGCUGCUUACCUCUACACGGUGCUUUCGACACAGAAUUCGUCUUUUGGCGGCGAGACUAACAUAGAAAUGUCGAAACUCCAAUACGACUCCUAUUGGCUUAACGAUCCGAAGCCAAUGCUGCAAGAAUUAUGGCUUAGUAUCCACCAAACGCUCAGUCAACACUUGGCAUCUUCGAACCCGUAUCGUUUGAUGACAUGGAUGGCUACUAUGGCCUUUUCCAAACAUUCAGAUGAGACGGUUCUAGCGGUGUUGGUGGGACUCACCCGCCUCGAGGCUCCGCGAAGGAUCACGGUCCCGAAAGUAGAGCAAUUGCACCUCACGGAAGGAUUAAGUCCUAGCAGGGAUAAAAUUCGUUCUUUGGUCAACAUUGAGGCAGUUUCUUUUGAUCACACGAGCCAGGUCAACGGACCUCGCCUUCGCAGCGAAACAAACCGACAAGCAUACUACCGGCGGCGAAAAGAAUUCCUUUCAAGCCAGCAAAGUGUGCUUUCGAAAGCGGUUGAUCUCAUUUGCUCCCAAUGGCCAUCUUUGCAGCUUGAUCAGUCUUUCGACGAUUACUUCCGGAAAUCAGCGGCUAUCGCGCGCGUAGCAAAUCAAUUCCGGAUUUGGAACCGCAACAAGGCUUUUCACGAGUACCUCGAGCGGAUAUGCUGUGCACUUUCCGGUGCCAGUGUCAAGUGCUUCACAUUUGAACCUCCUAAUUUUGCCAGAAGUCAAUACCAAACGAGAAAGGUAGCUCGCUACAUCACUUUUAACGAUGUGCUCAUGAGAGCUCCACUGCAAAGUAUAUCAGAUGCCAGCGACCCUAUCCCGCCACCAGACUUAUUCAAAGCCACAGCCGCGCCAGAAAGCAAUCGCAUAUCAGAAUUAUUGAAGAUGCUGGAUAGAACUGCUGAGUCACAGCAGGAGGUAAACUAUGUCAAACAGCUUAAAGAAAGCGCGGACCACCUCCAUGGACACUCCCAGCAGUAUACCCCAAGCACUGCUACAGAACAGCGACAAAAGGAACUGGAAGCCUACUACAAUUCGGCAAAAGCGCACUAUAGCCGUACGUUGAACUUACUUUCUGGAGUACUGGGUGGGUAUCAGGGUUCGUCAGAGUUCUCCAACCUCUCAACAUCCUUUUCGAUGAUUGCAGACACAUAUCUCUGGCCACGGGUCUCUGCAAGAUUAAUCGUCUCACAGCUGAAUCGACAAAACUGGAGGCACCUUACAGACAUAUUGAAGGAGACUGUUGUCGCUUUCGGCACUCACUUAACACAACUUCAGGCAUCUGAGCGACUUGUACAACUCCAAAAUCAGGAAGCAGAUCUUCACAAGGAGAUUUGCAGCCUCCAGCCUCGGACCUGGAAUCCUCUUAAAUAUCCAGACACUUUAUUGCUAGAAAUUGAAGGCAAUCUCAGAAUGAGGGAGGCCCAGGAGGAGAUUGCUUCGAUGAUGGGACAUCCUCCUGGGAACAAGAACACAGUGAUGCAGCUAAAUAUGGGCGAAGGAAAGUCUUCAGUCAUUGUACCGGUCGUCGCAGCUUCACUUGCGGAUACUUCCUGCCUUGUUCGAGUGAUUGUCGCCAGGCCACAAUCACGACAAAUGUUUGAAAUGCUUGUCGCUAAGCUUGGGGGACUAAUCGGGAGACGCAUUUACCACAUGCCCUUCUCGAGAUCUUUGAGACUGGGUGUAACUCAAGCAGACUUCCUCGGUACCUAUUACGAGAAAUGCAGACGUGAUGGGGGUGUCUUGCUUUUGCAGCCAGAAAAUAUCCUUUCUUUCCAACUGAUGGUUAUUGAGACUACUAUCAAGGGCGAGAGCACUCUAGCACAGAGCCUAUUGAAGACCCAGCUCGCCUUCGACCAGUUCUCUCGCGACAUCGUCGACGAGAGUGAUGAAAACUUCUCUACCAAAUUUGAACUUAUCUACACUAUGGGUCAGCAACGCCCAAUAGACUUUGCUCCAGAGCGAUGGAUAAUUAUCCAGCAUAUACUUCGACUGGUUGCAAAAACCGCACUCCGGGUCAAGACAGAGUUGCCCGAAUCACUAGAGAUUGAAGAUGCCGUCGAUGGGCGCUACCCACGGAUACGCUUUCUCGAUGAGAAAGGUGCAACGAUAGUACUAGGGCAGACAGUUACUCAUCUGUGCGAUGACGGGCCUGUGCCAGGAUUUCCGAUUGCUCAGCAAUCGAAAGAGUCAAGGACCGCGCUGCAAGAUUAUAUUUCCCAGCCGUCUCCAGCCGCCGAGAUAGUCGCGAGGGUGGAGGAAGGAGAAUUCUGGGCAUUGGCAAGAGACAGUCUGCUACUCAUCCGCGGUCUAUUUUCUUCCGGUUUGCUCGCCUUUAUUUUCGGCAAAAAACGAUGGCGAGUGAAUUAUGGGUUGGACUCCACGCGGCGGCCGAGAACAAGGCUUGCAGUCCCAUACCAAGCGAAAGAUAAACCUUCUCUGCGGUCAGAGUUCAGUCAUCCUGAUGUUGUUAUUUCCCUGACCUCUCUCGCAUAUUACUAUAGGGGUUUGGACGACGAGGAGCUGCUUAUCGCCUUUGACAAACUGUCCAGGUCUGAUCAGGCUGAUAUGGAAUACCAACUUUGGGUUGCUUCUGCACCAGGCCUUCCCCCUUCAUUUCGCCACCUCCAAGGAAUCAAUCUUCGCGAUACAGAGCAGUGCCGCAAUGAGGUUUUUCCCAGUUUAAAAUUUUCGAAAGGAGCCAUCGACUACUUUCUUUCUCGAAUUGUGUUCGUCAAAGAAAUGAAGGAGUUCCCUGAGAAGCUAUCCGCUUCCGGGUGGGAUAUCGGGCGGGUCAAGUGUCAUCCUACAACAGGCUUCAGCGGUACGAAUGACUCGCGGAAUGUUCUGCCACUGGAUGUCAAGCAACUUGAUCUUGAUAGCCAAAAGCAUACCAAUGCAUUGGUUCUCGAGUAUCUCUUGUGCAUCGAAAACUCCGUCGAGCUCCUGAGCAAGGCGGGACAUCAUGGCACCGGUAGGGCCGAGAAGAUGCUCGAAUCGAUAGUUCAGAUGCCACACGAAGUAAGGGUCAUUCUCGAUGUGGGGGCUCAAAUAGUUGAGAUGACAAAUGAAGAAGUGGCAAGGGCCUGGCUCAGCUUGGUACAUGACCCCAGCAAGGCCCAGGCAGUGAUUUUCUGCGAUGAUUCAGAUAAUCUUUGCGUAUUAGACCGGAAUGGACAUGUAGAGCGUCUGCAAACAUCACCUUUUGCAAAGCAUCUUGGCGAAUGCUUAGUCUACCUUGAUGAAGCCCACACACGGGGCAUAGACCUUCGGCUGCCGCAGGAAUACCGCGCAGUGGUAACUCUUGGAACAAACGUGGUCAAGGACAGACUCGUUCAGGCAUGCAUGCGGAUGAGAAAACUUGGAUUUGGCCAAUCAGUGGUAUUCUUCGUCCCUAACGAGAUAGAGACCAAAAUUCGCAAAUCCAAAGCUUCCAAUGAUGAACCUAUUAUGGUUGCCGAUAUCCUUGUAUGGUCUAUGCACGAAACCUGGGCGGAUAUCCUACACUCUAUUCCUAUCUGGGCAACUCAAGGGUGUACAUUCAUCAAACAGCAGGCUCUCUGGGCGCAAGCACUUGCGUCAGACCCUUUUGUUGCUCUGAACGAUGGGUUAGCGAAAGAGUUUCUUGCUGAUGAGGCACAGAGUCUGGAAAAAAGAUACCGCCCUUGCAACCAAAUCCCGUUUAUAAAAAGCAUAAUAUCCUCCCAAGAUGACACACUACGUGGAAUCAUCCAGCGGUGUGGCGAUUUUGAGAACUUGGAUGUGAAUGCGAGUUCUCUGCAGGAAGAACAAGAGCGGGAGUUGAGCCCAGAGAUUGAGCACGAACGGCAAAAGGAGCUCGCACCCCCGGCUCAACCGUUAAAACAUUAUGUCCAUCCGGCGGUCCGUCGUUUUGCGAAGACUGGGAAAAUGGGCCAUUGCAAUAGCGCAUUUAUGUGGGCUUUCGAGGUUUUUGCUGACACUACCGCGGCGGCCCAUUUUGAUGUUCGUCGAUGGCCUCGUGGUCUUCUAAUCACGCGGGACUUUGCUCGCACGGUCGAAAAAACUAAAUCUGAGAAGAGCUGUAUGGAUGAUUACCAGCGAAAUAUUCAAUGGGUUCUUACCAACACGACUUCGGACGACGGUAGUAAUCACAUGGUUGUGUUGAGUCCUUUCGAGGCUAAUGCCUUACGAGAUGAGAUUGCCUCCUCCAGAAGUACAGUACUUCACAUAUACGCUCCCAGGCAAAAUUUAGGGUUUCCUCCAAUUGACGACUUGGAUCUAUAUGCCAUUCCGUCUUCAUCCAGAAAGGACAUUCCUCGUCGUCUUGUGAUCGAGCUCAACCUUUUUGCUGGGCAAUUGUAUUUCAACUCGUUCAAGGAAUACACAGAAGUGUGUGAAUAUCUUGGCCUGGCUUGGAAACCAGCAACACACGGGAUGGUUGUAAAGAGUGACGGCUUCAUUGUGCAGAAUCAUUACGGUAUUCCUGGACAUGCUGCUUGCUUUGAAGAGAGUCCAAUUCCUUUUUUGAAGGCAGUUCUGAUCAAGAUUCGCCACAACACUGAGGGGAUUGAGAACACACAUCUAGGGAAAAUUUUAUACAGUGCCUUACUAACAGAGGAUGAGUUUGAAAAAUGAGAAAUUAGUAGUUACCUUGGAUUAAGAACCAUGAUGCC